UAACUUUAUCACCGGGGUUAGUACUGGACUUCAUUUUUAGAGCUCAUCACAUGCAUGCUCUGCAGUCAAAACGAAACUGUAGUUUGUCACGCAACACUACAUUCAAACUGCAAUCUCACAUUCUGAAUCUCUAGACGUUCUCGCUCUACUCCAUGCCCUCCAUGCAUGGCAAAGUGAAAGGACGUACAUGGGUAAUGGUGAAAAACAUACGUUGAAUUUCGUCGAGUUGGGCAAACGAAUUCUUAUUAUUCUCGUGAURAUAACCGCAAUCUCUGGAAUCUGGUUACUAGAGAAUCAACCAAACAUUUCUCAUCCCCAGCCGAGAGCCAACUUAAAGUGGAGCUCAUAUCUCUCUGUGAAGAAUUCAUCCAACGAAACUAUGACCAGUGACUUUAAGCAAGAUCAAAGCAAGGUUAUGUCAACUCUUGGUAGUGAAGUAUCUCUAGAACCUAAAKCACCGUUCAAUUACUUUAAGACAACUCUUUGGGGCAAAGAAAACGUCGAGGCAUGGAAGCGUAUUUACGGAGAUAUGAACUGCGCUGGCAAUUCUAAAAGAAAAGCUAUAAAUGCCAUCAUAACGACWUGGCUUGARUUAGUCAAAAAGUACGAGAUAGACUUCGCGUUUGUGUACGGAAGUUUGAUYGGYAUWGUGAGAAACAACGAUAUAAUACCAUGGGACCACGACGUGGACGUGUAUAUUGAAUACAAAGAUGUUUUGAAAUUGGAGAAAGCCGGCUGGCCUCGAGAUAUUCGUAUAGGAAAGAAUAAAACUUUCGUUAAUUAUAUACCAAAUUCGGAACACAGUAAACCAGUGGAUGARAGGAUAAGAUGGGAUUGCAAAGGCAAGGCAUCACCACAUUCAGCUGACMAAUGUGCAAUCCAAGAGCCUCUAGUGCGUCUUUACAACGAUGGAGCAUUUCUAGAUGUUUUAGAUUAUAGAAUCAAGACAGAUACUAUCGAAAUGCGUUCAGAAGGAAGACUAUUUAUCACAAAGAAAGAGCACUACUUUCCUAUUCGGCGUUGUAUGUUUAUGGGAUUUGACGGUUGGUGCCCCAAUGACCCUCGAGCGAUGCUGGCGAGUUAUUACGGAGAAAAGUUUUUGAUCUCGAACAAAAGGUGUAAAAAUGGCCAAUGGGUGAAGAGAAGAGUURGAUAAAAAGAUAAAAAUUAUGCCUAUUUAUAAUCUA